CCCUCCAGCCCCCCCGGGCCCUUCCCGUUCUCCCCCCCGGGGGCCGGCUCCUGCACCCUCACCUGUGCGCUCCCCUCCGGUGCUGCGGGGGCCGGGCUGCGGCGGUGCCGUUACCGCUGCCGGCGGCUCCGGGGCUUUUUACCGGGCCGGGAGGGUGCGGGUGCGGGUGCGGGCGUGCAGCCGCGCGUGUGCGUGUGCGCGGCGUGUGCGAGCCUCUCGCAGCCUCCAGCCCGGGCUGCCCGGCACCGAUCCGGCUCCGGCUCCUUUCUCCCCUCCCCGCUGCUCUUUUUUUUUUUUAUUUUUUUUAUUUUUUUUUUAUCGCCUUCAGGCCCGGCGGCCCCGCGGCCGAGCGGUGAGGCUGGGCAGGCAGCGAGCCCCCAUCUUCCUCCUCCUCCUCCUCCUCUUCCUCCUCCCCCACCUCCUCCUCCUCUUCCUCCUCCUCCUCCUCCUCCUCUCCUUCUCCCCCGCUUCUCCUCCCGAUGUCUCCCCGCACAUGAAAGGAGCGGCUGUCGGCGCACGGCAUGGCAUGAGCUAGGCGAGCUGGAGAGAGACCCGUGGAAGAUGUCGAACCCGAGAAACGGCGACACCAAGCCCCCAUGUUUGCCCCGCAAUGGACUGGUGAAGAUCCCCACGCAGCCCAACGGCCUCGGCUCCGCCAGCAUCACCAAAGGCACCCCCGCCGUGAAAAACCGCCUGUGCCAGCCUUCCUCCGUGCCUGCCAUCCUCAGCCCGGCCUUAGCCCCCCGCAGCGACCUGCCCAUCCCCAGCCUGGCCUCACCGCUCUCCCUGGCCGCUCUGGCCGGCGUCUCGUCCCCUCCCGGCGCCUCCCUGGUGGGACUGAACUCGAGCGAGGCCGCCCCGGGCGCGGAGCACCCCUCGCCGGAGCGGCUGCCCGGCUCGCCCUCGGAGAGGCAGCUGGCGGUGGACGAGAAGAUCCUCAACCGCCUCUUCUGGUACUUUUCGGCGUGCGAGAAGUGCGUGCUGGCACAGGUGUGCAAGGCGUGGCGGCGGGUGCUCUACCAGCCCAAGUUCUGGGUGGGCCUGACGCCCGUCCUGCACACCAAAGAGCUCUACAACGUCCUGCCCGGGGGCGAGAAGGAGUUCGUCAGCCUGCAGGGUUUCGCCGUGCGGGGCUUCGACGGCUUCUGCCUCGUGGGCGUCUCUGACCUGGACAUUUGUGAGUUCAUUGACAACUACCCCCUGUCCAAGAAGGGGGUCAAGUCCAUGAGCCUUAAGAGGUCGACCAUCACGGACGCGGGGCUGGAGGUGAUGCUGGAGCAGAUGCAGGGCGUGGUGCGGCUGGAGCUGUCGGGCUGCAACGACUUCACGGAGGCCGGGCUGUGGUCGAGCCUCAACGCCCGCAUCACGGCGCUGAGCGUCAGCGACUGCAUCAACGUGGCCGACGACGCCAUCGCCGCCAUCUCCCAGCUCCUGCCCAACCUCGCCGAGCUCAACCUGCAGGCCUACCACGUGACGGACACGGCGCUCGCCUACUUCACCGCCAAGCAGGGCUACACCACCCACACCCUGCGCCUCAACUCCUGCUGGGAGAUCACCAACCACGGCGUGGUCAACAUGGUGCACAGCCUGCCCAACCUGAGCGUCCUCAGCCUCUCGGGCUGCUCCAAGGUGACGGACGACGGCGUGGAGCUGGUGGCCGAGAACCUGCGCAAGCUGCGCAGCCUCGACCUGUCCUGGUGCCCUCGCAUCACCGACAUGGCCCUGGAGUACAUCGCCUGCGACCUGCACAAGCUGGAGGAGCUGGUGCUCGAUAGGUGUGUGCGGAUCACCGACACCGGGCUCAGCUACCUGUCCACCAUGUCGUCCCUGCGGAGCCUCUACCUGCGCUGGUGCUGCCAGGUGCAGGAUUUCGGCCUGAAGCACCUCCUGGGCAUGGGCAGCCUGCGCCUCCUGUCCCUCGCCGGCUGCCCCUUGCUGACCACCACGGGCCUGUCGGGGCUGGUGCAGCUGCAGGAGCUGGAGGAGCUGGAGCUCACCAACUGCCCCGGAGCCACCCCCGAGCUCUUCAAGUACUUCUCCCAGCACCUGCCCUGCUGCAUGGUCAUCGAGUAGCGCCCGCCCGCCCGCCGGGGACCGGCCCCCCCCCCCAGACCCAGCCGCGCCUGCCCGGCCGACGUCACCCGGCUGAUUUCUGCGGGAUUUGGGGAGGGGGGGGACACGCAAGAGACGCUGCCGAUUCGACCGACCCACGUGUAAAGACCCCCCCCCCUCUCCGCCCUCCUUUGACGCCCCCCCGGAUGCCAGCAUCCCCCCCCCCAACCCAACACCACCGCAGCUGCUGACGAGGGGCCCUGGGCCCGGCGAGAGGAGGAGGAGGAGGCUUCUUUUUGGCACCCAUGGGUGCUUGGACGGACGGGUGCCCGGGACCCCCGCACAGAGCCACAGGCACCCCCGGAUCCGAGAGACGAGCCAACCCCCCCCCGUGCUGUGCGCCCCCCCCUUUCCUGCCCCCGGCCCCCCCAGCCCUGCCCGUCCAUAGGAUGCUUCCCUCCGCCCUCGCAUGCUCUCGCUUGCUUCAGUCUCGUGGCACGGCGGGGGGGGCACAGUGACAAGUGGCACCCGCCACCCUGCCGCCCCCCGGCCCCCCCCCCCCAUACGGCUCUGCCAGCCAGGCCGUGACCCCGUUUGCCCCCCCUGCAAGUCCCCAGGACGCCGCCGCUGCACCCCAAUUUCCACCGGGGUCAGUGGGGUGAUGCCCCCCCCCCAGUUUUGGGGCCAUCACCCCGUUACUGCCUGGGGAGAGCCGGGGGGGGGCGAGGGGCCACCACCAUUGUGCGUGCACCCAUGGGACGUGGCACUCGGUGCCCAGCGCUGUGACCCGUCCGGCUGGGACGGGCACGUCCCGGGGGGGUCCCCGGGGGGGGGGGCUUGGGGACCGUCCCCUUGCCCUGCUGCGGCUCCCGGGUGGUGGGGGGACGGCGGUGACGCCACGCCAAGGCAGGGGACGUCACCUUCGGGACACGCCGCCGCUUCUUCCAGACCUAAAGCCAUCGCCCGGGUGCCACCAGCACCCCGGGGUGCCCCAGGUGCUGCGGGGGGGGCCGGGGGGGCGCAGGGCUGAGCCGGGCACCGGGCACGGGCACGGACACAGACACGGACACGGACGACACGGACACGGACACGGACACGGACACGGACACGCUUUCGGGUUGUUUUGCCUUUGUAAGGGCCGGGAAGGAACUGCUGCACCACC